AUGGCGCCACCAUUCAACAAGAAGGCAACUGACCCCCAAGGUCUCAGAUUACUCAAAUCCGGCUUUCUGCCUAUCCAACGUUUAUGUGGGCCAGAUGGAACUGGCUUUGAAGAUAUGCUGACCAAAUUCGAGACGAAGAGCAACCGGGUGAAGGGUGCUUUUGAGGCUGCAUGGGCUGCUGCUUGCAAAGCGGGUGACUCAGUUCUGGUUGUUCUAGCAGAAUUCGAGUUCCUUGUGGGUCCCAUCUCCUUCUCUGGGCCUUACUGCCAGCCGAACAUUGUUUUCCAGCUAGAUGGUAUGAUUAUUGCUCCAACAAAUGCCAAGUACUGGGCUUCUGGACUUCUAUGGUGGAUUGAGUUCACAAAACUGAAAGGCAUAGCAAUUCGAGGGAGUGGAGUAAUCGAAGGGCGAGGAAGUGUCUGGUGGACAGACACUGACUCUGAUGUCGAUCCAACACAUGAUGAGCUGAGCUCCAACCUGCCUCAGAUUAAGCCUACUGCCUUGAGGUUCUAUGGGAGCUACAAUGUGUCAGUGACUGGCAUCACAAUUCAGAACAGCCAGCAAUGCCAUCUUAAGUUCGACAACUGCGAAGCUGUUCAGGUCUACAACAUCACGAUUGCUUCGCCAGGCAAAAGCCUCAACACGGACGGAAUUCAUCUGCAGAACUCGAGAGAUGUCAUAAUCCACCAUGCCAACAUGAGUUGUGGUACAUAUUGCACUAUCCUUUACUGA